CCAUCAUCCAUCACCUUCAUCCCUGUCCCCGCCCGGUCAUGUUAGCCUUCGUCGACUCUGGCUAAAUCCCCCGGGUUCUCGUUCCCUGAAUGUACGCCCCGCUUUCCGCCUUCUACUAGACCACCACUAGUAUGGCUGCUCAGUCGAAGCUCCUCCCGCCCGAGCGGUCUAUACGGCACCUCUUCUCCCGCCUAGCCAGCACCUACCUCCGUCACCGCAAGCAGAUCUCCCGCACCGUCUACCUGGCUCUCUUCGCGGCCUUGGCCAAACGCAUACAUAAUGCCAUCUCCGAGCAAAAGGCCGCCUCCCAUCACCAGGAGCAACUGCGGAGGCGCCCCGGCACCAGCAGCAUCGGAGAAGGAGGCGACCGACCGCGCAAGAAGGUCGAGGUCAACCGGGAAUUCUUCCGGAACUUGCUUCGUCUGCUGCGGAUCGUGAUCCCUGGUUGGCGGAGCAAGGAGCUACGGCUGCUCUUCGGGCACAGCGUCUUCCUGGUGCUGCGCACGCUGCUGAGUCUGUAUGUGGCUGAACUGGAUGGACGACUGGUCAGUAAUCUGGUUAGGGGGAAAGGGAAGGAUUUCUUAUUGGGGCUGGUGUGGUGGAUGAUUGUCGCGGUUCCUGCGACGUUUACAAACUCUAUGCUUUCCUAUCACCAGUGCAAACUUGCUCUCAGUUACCGCAAGCGUCUCACGGACUAUAUUCAUGACAAGUACCUUUCGAACAUGACGUUCUAUGCCAUCUCGGCUCUGGACGACCGGGUCAAGAACCCCGACCAGCUCAUCACGGUCGAUGUCUCUCGGUUCUCUGACAGCUUGGCUGAGCUAUACUCGAACCUGGCUAAGCCGAUCCUGGAUAUGGCCAUCUAUAACUACUCUCUUUCGAAGAGCGUAGGUGGUGAAGGACUGUUCAUCAUGAGUCUCCUAGUGCAGCUGUCUGCGAAUGUCAUGCGGGCAUUGACACCCCCGUUCGGCAAAUACGUUGCGGACGAAGCCCGUCUGGAAGGAGAGUUCCGGUUCCUUCACUCGCGGCUACUCGAUUACAGCGAGGAGGUAGCUCUGUAUCACGGCCACGAGGCAGAGAAAGAUACCCUGGACAAGGGCUACUUCACCCUCAUCAAGCAUGUGAAUCGCAUCCUCCGGAGACGUCUGUAUCAUGGGUUCAUGGAGGACUUCGUGAUCAAGUACUUCUGGGGUGCCUUGGGCUUGAUCCUGUGCAGCAUUCCUGUCUUCUUCAAGAUCCCCGGUCAAGUCACUCAAACGAUGGGCGACCGUACCGAAAGCUUCGUCACUAACCGCAGAAUGCUACUCUCCUCAUCUGACGCGUUCGGUCGCUUGAUGUUCUCCUACAAGGAAAUCUCCGAACUCGCCGGCCACACAGCCCGUGUCUCCUCACUCCUAGAAGUCAUGGACGACCUUCUGGCCGGCCGCUUCGAGAAGAAACUGGUAUCCUCCGCGUCCACCGACGAAAAUGCCGCCAUUCUAUCCGGCCGCGGAGCCGUCGAGGAAAGCGACUCCAUCGAAUUUACCGACGUACCCAUCGUCUCACCCAACGGCGACGUCCUCGUCCGCAAACUCUCCUUCACCGUCCACCCCGGCGACCACCUCCUGAUCGUCGGACCCAACGGCUGCGGUAAAUCCUCCCUCUUCCGCAUCCUCGGCGGCCUGUGGCCCGUCUACGGUGGUCGCGUCAAGAAACCCCGCUUCGAUGACAUCUUCUACAUCCCCCAGCGCCCGUAUCUCUCCCGGGGCACCCUCCGCCAGCAGGUCAUCUACCCAGACGGCGUCCGCGAAAUGCGCGCCAAGGGCAUCACCGACGACGAUCUCUACGAGAUCCUCUCCGUGGUCGAGAUCGCCUCCGUCGUCGACCGUCCGGGAGGCUGGGACGCCGAGGAAGAAUGGCGCGAUGUACUCUCCGGCGGCCUGCAGCAGCGGAUCGCCAUGGCGAGGCUAUUUUACCACCGACCCAAAUUUGCCAUUCUGGACGAAUGCACCUCCUCCGUCACCCUGGAAAUCGAACGCGUCAUGUACGAGACCGCUAAAGAACUGGGCACCACGCUGAUGACCGUGUCUCAUCGACGGAGUCUCUGGAAAUACCAUAAGAAGAUCCUCCAGUUCGACGGACAAGGAAGUUAUGUCUUCACGGGGUUGGAUUGGGAAAGGAGACUCAAGCUGGAAGAUGAAAAAGAAGAGCUGGACCUCCAUCUCCGAACUGUCCCGGAACUGCAGAAGCGCAUGGCCGAAUUGAGCGCUUAGUACCUACGGAGCAGGCAUGGAUACUUACUCACAUACACACAUACAUAUACAUACAUACAUCCUACUAUGAUGGUAUAUCUACUUAUCCGAGCUGUUGUGCUAUCGGAUAUAAAGCGUAGUAUUUACGAUUGUGUUCUUGCGUCUUGAGUUGGAUUUGGCAGUCAGUUGCCAGGCUGUUUGUUGUUCGCUGUUCUUGAUUGUUGAUUGUUACUUGUAUAGGGAGGGGAGGGAUAGGGCAGGCUUGGUCCCGUACGAUAUGAUAUGACAUGGUCAGAAUCAAUUGUUGCGUUGUAUAGCUG